GAUAUCGUAGCCCCCGCUCAACGCCGGCUCCUCAAACUGUAUCGACAUGUUGAACGUGACCCGAAAUCUAUCUAAUCUCCCGAACUCAAUCUGAUCUCUCUCUUUUUCAACUCGUUAAAUGAUCCGACGAGGAAUGUUGUCGAUAAUAUUCUACGCGAGCUAACAUGGCAAGCUAACUUACCAGAUGGCCGAUCAAAACAGCUUGAAACUUACAUCCAAUUGCCUUAUAUUUUCGCGGCGUAUCUGUAAAAAUGUCCCGACGCGUUUAAGUGUUAUUAUAUCGUAAAAAAGUCAUGAAUGUACUCUUAAAGUUCGGGUAUACAAAACCAGUCUGUCACUUUUUCGAGAGUCCCUCCCCAUUCUUCUGAUUGGCUGGCUCUGUCACAUGAUAGUUAGAUACCGGAAGACUUCACCAACAGUAAGAAUUUUCAAGUUACGAAACUACUUCCAGAACCAAUUAAUUUCGUAAGUAGAGGUACUUUCAAGACUUCAGGAUGUUUGUUCUGUGGUUCCUCCUUUUGGCUCCGGUGUUGCUAGUUGCUAGUAUGCCGGCUAAAGCUUCCACCAAUGGGACAGUACCUUUGGUUAUGUGGCAUGGGAUGGGUGACACUUGCUGCAACCCACUCAGUUUGGGCGGCAUCAAAAAAAUAAUCGAGGAGGAGAUUCCGGGUAUUUACGUACAUUCAUUGCAGAUUGGCAAGAAUUUUGUGGAGGACACAGAAAACGGCUUCUUCAUGAACGUGAAUGAUCAAGUGUCCAUGGUGUGUAGUCAACUGGCUCAGGAUCCGCAGUUAAAAGGAGGCUACAAUGCAAUGGGAUUCUCGCAGGGGGCGCAAUUUCUGAGAGCCGUAGCACAGAGAUGUCCUUCUCCACCAAUGAAGACGCUCAUUUCAGUCGGCGGCCAGCACCAAGGUGUCUACGGGCUGCCGAGGUGUCCCGGGGAGGCUUCAAAAUUCUGCGACGCGAUCCGAGCGGCUCUGAACCUGGGUGCUUACAGCGACCUUGUUCAAAAACACCUGGUGCAGGCCCAGUACUGGCAUGACCCUUUGAAUGAUGACCUGUACAAGAAGCACAGUCUCUUCCUGGCUGAUAUCAACCAAGAGAGGGUUGUAAAUGAGACCUACAAGAAAAACCUUCAGCUCCUGGACAAGUUCGUCAUGGUCAAAUUUUUGCAGGAUACUGUAGUAGACCCUGUUGAUUCUGAGUGGUUUGGCUUCCUGAAAACAGGUCAAGCUAAAGAAACGGAAACCCUGCAGGAGUCUCUUCUCUACAAAGAGGAUCGUUUGGGCCUGGCCGCCAUGGACAAAGCAGGAAAGCUGGUUUUUCUGGCCACAGAUGGAGACCAUCUCCAAUUUACCAGAGAGUGGUUCAACGCUAAGCUGCUGCCUUACUUACGUUAGGAAGAAAAAAAAAUUGGGUGGGUGUCACUCUCAACUAUUUUUUUGCACUAAAUCUGUAGUUUAUCAACGUGAUAAGACAUUAACAGUUGCUGUACAAGUUCAAAAAAUAAAAACAACAGAAUGUUAUUGCAACAGUUUAAUGAUGUCUUGAACUAAAUGAUCUUAAUCCUCCCCACGAAAUGGUAAAGACGAUAUAAAAGACAAUCAACAGCUCGAAAGCACUCACUCAUUGACCAAAGUGUCGGCGGAGCCAGUAAGACAUGAACAUGGAAUGUCAAAAUAUUUGGGAAUGCCAGAUGAACAUUAAAUGCUAGGGUUAGCACAACCUGAUUUUACACGAAAAUCGUUAAGACUUUUUAUGCACAAUGCGGAAGUGAUUGAACAAGUGCUUUGUGGAAUUGCAUAUCAUGGAACAAAAACCUACCACACCAUAUUUUUCUUCACGAAAAUAAGAGCCCUCCUGGCCGGAAAAAAAAAAAAAGAUAAUUAGCGCAAAACGCGUCUUGAUAACUGGCUUGCAGAGACGAUAUCCGCGUAAGUACGCUAGCUAAUUUAGUACGGCGUUACUCGGACGCCAUUGGCAAAGUGCACCUUGAUUGGCUCGAGGAACGCUUCCGAUAAGAGCGAGCGGUCCUCAUUGGCUGUGGGAAGGAACAGCAGAAGCUGCGAUUGGCUGGGGUGAGGAAAAGAAAAAAACGCACAAUGUAAGAUUCGCAACUUUUCGGGCUAAGCUGGUGAGUGCGGGUCAUCAGUCAGGUGGGCGAAAUGGGGGGAGGGGCUCGUGAGGAAAAGGGGGCGUAUCUAGCACGCCAUCUCCGUGGUCGUGGUGACCAGUUUGGUGCCGUCCCACACAGUCUUGUACUGCUCGGGAACCGGGUGCUCCG